UUAUAUGUAAUUUACGAAGUUCCAAAGAAAGAACGAGUAAGUAAGUACUUAUGCCAGUACCUAAUAUGCAUGUAUAUCCUGACCGUGAAACAAAAUCUUAUGUACCGUGUUUUAUUAGGGUAUUAAGCGUAACUUUAUAAGACACGAGAGAUCAAACAAAGCGUGUUUAAGCUUUCGCAUGAUUUGAUCAAAUUUGCUUUUACGAUUUUUUUUCCAUUUGUUGUUUGUUGAAACGUUGUUCAGUCGUUUCCAGAAACCUGUUCCUCGCAUACGCGCGCCCACACUGUAUCAAAAAUGACGCACUGGAAGAACGUGUUAUUGCUUCUCAUAAAGGUUUCUCUGUUGCUUCGUAGUUGCCUGUCAGAAACGAUUAUAACAGCGUACAGUGAUUUCGAUUUUGAACACAUCGAACCGGAGAUAGCCGACGAAUUGAACUGGACGGAGCAUCCUUGCCGGCGAACUUGUAUAGAUGAUGCACCACCGAUGGAAUGUCAUUACACGUUCAGAUUGGAAGGUUAUCGUACUAUGAGCAAAGCGUGCUACGACUGUCCGUUCAAUUUUACGGACUGCUUUCGGAAGCAUUGUAUUCCAGCCGAUGGUGUUAAAAGAUCCAUUUUAGUGGUUAAUCGGCAGAUGCCUGGACCGCCUAUCGAGGUGUGCCAAGGUGACAGAAUAAUCGUUGACGUGAUAAAUAUGUUGCAUUCCGAAAGUACCACGAUGCAUUGGCACGGACAGCAUCACGUGAAAACGCCGUACAUGGAUGGCGUUCCUUACGUUUCUCAAUGCCCGAUUUCGCCAGGUUCCACAUUUCGAUACGAUUAUAUCGCAACAGAGGCUGGUACACAUUUCUGGCAUUCGCAUUUAGGUUUUCAACGUGGCGAUGGAGUAUUCGGUGCGUUGAUUGUACGCGUACCUCGAAAAAUAAAUUGGCACUACGAUUUAUACGAUAUCGACCAACAUACCAUACUCCUCUCCGAUUGGACACACGAAUUGGGAAUUGAUCAAUUUUUGAACCAUCAUCACGCUUCCGGCGACAACAAGCCGCCGAAUCUGCUGAUCAAUGGUCUCGGUCGUUUCGUAGUGCUUCGAAAUAAAAGCGAAACUGGCAACGGCAAAGACAACGGGAACGCUUCUACCACGAUGCCGGUCGCAACGUUUACCGUUAAGCGGAAUACAAGAUACAGGUUCAGGCUGAUUAACGCCGAAUUUCUCAAUUGCCCGAUCGAACUAUCGAUCGACAACCAUACUAUGCGCAUACUUAGCUCGGAUGGACGCGACGUUGAACCUAUCGAAGCGGAAUCUCUUGUUAGUUACGCCGGCGAAAGGUUUGAUUUUGUCGUUGAAACGAAUCAAAGUGUAGACAAUUACUGGAUUCGAUUUCGGGGACUAAUGGAUUGCGAUGAAAGAUUCACCAAGGCGUACCAAGUUGCUAUAUUACGAUACGAAGGUGCCAAUGAUCAGGAUCCGAAAGAUGUAGUUACAUACGAACGCGAAUCCAACGAUUCUUUAGGUCUGCUGCAAGUGAAUGCUUUAAACGAAGGUACGGAAACGAACGGAAGCCUGAGUAUACCGCUGUUGAGAGCUAUGGAUGGAAACGACCAAUCUAAUAUCCAACUUCCGGACUACCAGUUUUAUGUUUCUUAUGAUUUUUACAAGAAAAAUAAUCCUCAUUUUCAUCGUGAAACGUUGUAUGCGUUCGAUCAAGUGAAAUCUAAUGUACGGCUACUCACGCCCCAACUGAAUCACAUCUCGAUGAAACUACCCUCCGUACCUCUCUUAUCUCAAAGAAACUCCAUCGAUCAGAAGCAAUUUUGUAACGCGAGUACCGUCACAGACUGCGAACGAGAUUAUUGCGCUUGCACUCAUGUGCUCCGUGUCAAGCUCAACAGUGUGGUCGAAGUGAUUUUGGUCGAUGAAGGUUUUGCUUACGAUGCGAAUCAUCCGUUUCACCUUCAUGGAUAUCAGUUUCGCGUAAUUGCCAUGGAAAGAAUAGGAAAAAACAUCACUGUCGAAAAAGUAAAAGCAUUGGAUAAAAAAGGAGCGAUACGCAGAAACCUCGACCACGCUCCUCUGAAAGAUACCGUAACGGUACCGGACGGCGGUUACACCAUCCUACGAUUCUAUGCCAAUAAUCCGGGCUACUGGUUGUUUCAUUGUCACAUUGAAUUUCACGCAGAAGUUGGAAUGUCGUUAAUUUUCAAAGUCGGUGAACAUCAAGAUAUGCUGCCUGUUCCACGAAAUUUUCCUUCCUGUGGUAACUGGCAACCAAAAAAUGAACAAACUACUGCCAUUGAUUUACCCGAUACUUCUAACAAUGUUACCACGUACUCACUGAAAGAUACCGCCAAUACUUUGGCAAACGAAACUGUUGAAAAUGACGUACGACAACUUGUCAAACUAUUGCCGCAAAUUUUACGAAUGUUGCAAAACUCGUCUUCGUCACGCAUCUCGAUCGUUCCCUAUUUUUUCCUUUAUUUCUGUGCUAUCCAUGCUAUCAUUUAACUUCGAACCCUAACUAUUUACCUAUUUACCUUGCAAACGUUCGUCAAAUUUUAUGUACUUAAUAGAUCGAUUCUUGCUGGGCGCAUCUUUCACAGGGUCGACAAUUGUCAUGUAUAUACCAAUAUUGAAACGUAUCACCGAUCUUUCGGAUCCAUUUCAAACCAAAAACAAAACUUAUGUAUUUUACUUUUCUACGAUCUUACUUCUAAUAAUUUUCAGCUAUCGACUGAAAUGAUAUAUUUCAUUGUAAGUAUUAGAUACGAUAGGGUAGGAUGAUAGGAUAGGAUAAAAUAAGACACGUACGUAACAAAAUUUAAAUUGACAAAAAUUUAAACAUGCCACAGAGCAAAUGAAUUAUUGUUUCAUUUU